CACCACCAUUUGUAAGCGAACGUACAACAUUUUAUUCAGUUGAUUUUUUCCAGUCAAACAAAGCAGAGGUGCUAACAUAAUUGGAUACAUUUAACAAAUCAAUUUGUUUCAACUUGAAAUAAUUACCAAGUGCCUGAGAUCUUCAAAACUACGUUACUAAUUCGCUCAGUACAGGGCAUAUACACAAACAAAUAUUUGAGCUGUGUAAUUGCAAUAAAUAAACAAAAGCUAACAAUAUGUCGCAAAAACGUGUCUCAGUGUCUACCCGGAUAUCUCGCGCCUCGACUUCCACACCAGUGGGUGGACAGUCAGGACGUGUCGGGGCCACGAGCCCUGGCGCCACUAGUCCUACGCGCACAACUCGGAUACAGGAGAAGGAAGAACUACAGCAUUUAAACGAUCGUCUAGCCUGUUAUAUUGAUCGUAUGCGCAACCUGGAGAAUGACAAUAAUCGUUUAACGCAGGAACUCCAAAUCGCACAAGACACAGUUAAUCGCGAGGUGUCCAAUAUUAAAGCAAUGUAUGAGAAGGAACUGGCAGCAGCACGUAAGCUAUUGGAUGAAACUGCCAAAGAAAAAGCUAAGCUAGAAAUUGACAUCAAACGUUUAUGGGAGGAAAAUGAUGACCUCAAACAAAGACUAGAUAAAAAAACAAAGGAGUGCGCAAUUGCUGAGAAUAGUGCACGUGUAUAUGAAUCUCGCUACAAUGAAGUUAACGGUAAGUACAACCAGGCUUUGGCUGAUCGCAAGAAGGCCGAAGAUCAAGCUAAAGACCUCGCAAUUGAAAAUGAAAGGCUGCGUAAGCAACUCGAAGAUCUUCGCAAGCAGUUUGAGGCUGAAACUUUGGCUCGAGUUGAUUUGGAGAAUCAAAACCAAAGCCUCCGUGAGGAACUUAGUUUCAAAGACCAAAUUCACAGCCGGGAACUGACCGAAACUCGCUCACGCCGUCAAAUUGAAAUCAGUGAAAUCGACGGCCGUUUAUCCAAGCAGUAUGAAGCUAAACUACAACAAUCCCUCCAGGAGCUGCGCGAUCAGUAUGAGGCCCAAAUGCGCGCUAAUCGCGAAGAAAUUGAAUUACUCUACGACAAUGAAAUCAAAAAUCUUCAAGCAGCCGCAAACAGAGCAGCCAACGCGUCGGCACAUGCAACCGAAGAAGUUCGCCUUAUGCGUACGAAAAUUGACGGUCUUAAUGCUAAGAUUCAAGAUCUGGAGAACACCAAUGCAGGCCUAAAUGCGCGCAUACGUGAACUAGAAAAUCUCUUAGAUAGUGAGCGUGCUCGCCACAAUCAAUAUAUAUCUUCAUUGGAGGCCGAACUCCAACGUAUGCGCGACGAAAUGGCACAACAAUUACAAGAGUAUCGUGAUUUAAUGGACAUCAAAGUGUCACUGGAUCUCGAAAUUGCCGCUUAUGACAAACUUUUAUGCGGAGAGGAGCGGCGCUUAAACAUUUCAUCGCCCACUCGUCCCGGAACUAGCACAAACACCGACUCAGGGUAUUCAAAUGGUACUCAUUUAUCUGUUAGCUCCACGUCACGUUCAGGACGUGUCACACCCAGCGGUCGCCGCUCGGCAACACCUGGCGCUGGUGGCAGCGCUAGUGCAGUCAAACGUCGUCGUACCGUUAUUGAUGAAUCGGAAGAUCGUAAUUUGUCCGAAUUUUCCGUUAAUUCUGCCGCUAAAGGUGAUUUGCAAAUUGUCGAUGCCGACAGUGAAGGACGUUACAUUAAACUGCACAACAAAGGCAGCGAGGAGAUCCAUUUAACCGGCUGGCAACUAACUCGCAUCGCCGGCGAUGAGGAAUUGGCUUUUAAAUUUUCGAGAGGAGCGAAAAUUAACGGUGGUGCUACAGUUACAAUAUGGUCAGUAGAUGCCGGUGUUGCCCACGAUCCACCACAGAAUCUGGUAAUGAAGAAGAAAUGGCCAGUUGCUGAUUCAAUGCGCAGCGUUCUGGCAAACGCUGACAAAGAGGUGAGAAUCUUGUCGAUUUACAACACUUGUAGCAUGUGUCACAUCUGCAGCCACUGUCAACACUUAGAGUUUCUGAUCGACCAGAUGUUGCCAGCUACGACCGUGUUCGUUCAAACAUUUCCAGUCACGCGUCCAGACAUCGCACAUCAGGCAGUGGUUUCACACUCGGUUCAGGAGCCGGUUCAACAGGCGUAAGAAGUCUCUUCUCACUACUUUUCUAAGAGUGCACCCCCCGCAGGUGUUCCAGAUAAAUAUCUAUCUUUACACUAUUAUAUACAUAGUAUAUAUGUAUGUAACUAUUAAGGGUAAACUAGCACAAACAGAGUUAAUUAAACUUUUAAGU